AAACAAAGCCUACCGGAAGACUCGCCGUACACAAGCUGGGUGCGCAUACUGUUAUUGUUUUAGAAGAAAUAUAGUUUUUAUUUGCCUUUUUAUUAAUCAAAUAUGGCAUAUGAUUAUUCUGAUGGCCUACCUGGUGAUUCAUUAAGGCGAUAUAAUCAGAAAUUAGCAGUGAUUGGACUGGAUUCAUCAAAUUGCCCUUACAAGCACCCAGCUGACUCUUGGCGGAACGACCCGUCCGACUGGCCAGACGUUGAGUAUCCAGACGUGUACAAUUAUCUUGUACACACACCAGGCAUUUUCACACAGCAAGCCAUGAUGAACUAUCGCUCUCUGGAGGCACAUCGUUUCUUUACAUCAGGAUGGGUGCAGACCAUUUUCCACAAGAAGGUUGGACAUCACAUGCUCCUUAAAGCAGAUGUCAAGCCGUCGUGGAGGGUGACUGAAAGUCCUCACCAUCCAUGGAUUGCAACAACCGUGGAUGGAGUCGUUGUUGCAGCACACUGCGACUGUAUGGCUGGGCUUGGAGAGAGCUGCUCCCACAUAGCAGCUCUUCUCUUUAAGAUGGAAGCUGCAGUGCGCAUGGGGUACACGUCUACAGCCUGUACUGAAGACCUGUGCAAGUGGAAUUCAUGCUUUGUCGACAACAUCCAGCCAUGUCCAGUCGCCAGUAUUGAGUUUUACAGUGAGGGGGCCAAGGAGAGGCACAGAACACCGCAUAAACGCAAGAGAAAGGAGUCUGGUCCAGCAACCCCAGAAGAACAGAGCACACUUUUGGGGAUGUUGGCUGGUUGCACAGAGCCGACCAAGGUUAUUGGACUGUCUGCUUUCAGCCAGUACGCACCCAACUUCAUCCCAUCUACCACUGCACCUGAGAACCCAUCACUACCACCUACACUCCGUAAACUCUAUGAUGCCAACAACAUUUCACUCAGCGCCCAAGAUAUGUCUUCACUCUGUGACCGCACCUUUUCUUCACUCUCCAUCACUGACGCACAGCUUGAGCUCAUCGACCAGUCUACACAAGCACAGUCAUCAUCACUCAUCUGGCAUGAUCAACGAGCAGGUCGCAUCACUGGAUCCACCGCACACCAAGCACUCCGCACUUCACUCGUCAACCCGGCACCAUCACUCAUCAAGAAGAUCUGCAUUCCACAUCCAGAACCCAUCAACGCACCGGCACUGAUUUGGGGGAGGGAGCACGAGUUGCGUGCCAUUCAGACAUACACCACUCUUUUUGAAGAGGAUCACUUUGAUGACAUGGUGACUCGGGCUGGAUUCAUCAUCUUCAAGGAUCAUCCAUUUCUUGGGGCCUCACCAGAUGGAAAAGUAUCCUGCACUUGCUGUGGAAAGGGCAUUGUGGAGGUGAAAUGUCCGUAUCGCCAUCGCAUGCAGACUGUGCAGGAAGCUUUAGCAGACAAGGAUUUCUGCCUAGAUGCCGAGCUUACUCUAAAAAAGUCCCAUUCGUACUAUACCCAAAUUCAGCUCCAAAUUGCAGCCUGCAAUGUAGAGUACUGCGAUUUUGUGGUGUGGACACCACGGUCAAUUCAUGUGGAUCGGGUAGCAAAAGAUAAUGAUUUCAUCGACGCCAUGGUCCAGAGGCUGACAACACUCUGGAAGACAGCCAUCCUUCCAGAACUCCUGACUCGACGUUUGGAGAAAGACACUACCCCCCCCCCCACCGGUGCCUUCAUCUGAGGACAAGUUAUACUGUGUGUGUCGCAGCGCAGACGGCACAGGAGAGAUGGUGAGCUGCGACCGAUGUGAUGAGUGGUUUCAUCCAAAGUGUCUGAAACUCGCCAGGCUUCCGAGAUCAAAGACAUGGUAUUGCCCACCUUGCCGAAAAAUUAGAAAGUAGCCAAAGAACAACAAAACAGUUUAUAUUUAUGAUAUGAACAUUACUUGCCUUUUUAAUAUUCAUUAAGAGAACAUUUCCAUCAACUCUGCCAGUAUUUUGCAAUAAAUGUCAUAACAGUAUUUCAUAUUUGUAUCUUUGUUAUGUUACAUGAAGAUAUUUUGAUUUUUUUUUUAAAACACGAUAACAUUGUCUUUAUUUUUGUUCAUAUUUAUGUGCCUAAGACUUUGUUUUUUAUUGUGAUUCAGUCUUUCUUUUGCCUCUUGUAUUUGACUAGAUUAUAAAAUGAACAACAAAAUAGUAUGUUAUAUUUAUGACAAGAACAUUACUUACCUUUUUAAUAUUCAUUAAGAGAACAUUUCCAUCAACUCUGUCAGUAUUUUGCAAUAAAUGUCAUAACAGUAUUUCAUAUUUGUAUCUUUGUUAUGUUACAUGAAGAUAUUUUGAUUUUUUUUGAAAACGAUAACAUUGUCUUUAUUUUUGUUCAUAUUUAUGUGCCUAGACUUUGUUUUUGAUAGUGAUUCAGUCUUUCUUUUGCCUCUUGUAUUUGACUAGAUUAUAAAAUGAACAACAAAAUAGUAUGUUAUAUUUAUGACAAGAACAUUACUUACCUUUUUAAUAUUCAUUAAGAGAACAUUUCCAUCAACUCUGCCAGUAUUUUGCAAUAAAUGUCAUAACAGUAUUUCAUAUUUGUAUCUUUGUUAUGUUACAUGAAGAUAUUUUGAUUUUUUUUGAAAACGAUAACAUUGUCUUUAUUUUUGUUCAUAUUUAUGUGCCUAGACUUUGUUUUUGAUAGUGAUUCAGUCUUUCUUUUGCCUCUUGUAUUUGACUAGAUUAUAAAAUGAACAACAAAAUAGUAUGUUAUAUUUAUGACAAGAACAUUACUUACCUUUUUAAUAUUCAUUAAGAGAACAUUUCCAUCAACUCUGCCAGUAUUUUGCAAUAAAUGUCAUAACAGUAUUUCAUAUUUGUAUCUUUGUUAUGUUACAUGAAGAUAUUUUGAUUUUUUUUGAAAACGAUAACAUUGUCUUUAUUUUUGUUCAUAUUUAUGUGCCUAGACUUUGUUUUUGAUAGUGAUUCAGUCUUUCUUUUGCCUCUUGUAUUUGACUAGAUUAUAAAAUGAACAACAAAAUAGUAUGUUAUAUUUAUGACAAGAACAUUACUUACCUUUUUAAUAUUCAUUAAGAGAACAUUUCCAUCAACUCUGCCAGUAUUUUGCAAUAAAUGUCAUAACAGUAUUUCAUAUUUGUAUCUUUGUUAUGUUACAUGAAGAUAUUUUGAUUUUUUUUGAAAACGAUAACAUUGUCUUUAUUUUUGUUCAUAUUUAUGUGCCUAGACUUUGUUUUUGAUAGUGAUUCAGUCUUUCUUUUGCCUCUUGUAUUUGACUAGAUUAUAAAAUGAACAACAAAAUAGUAUGUUAUAUUUAUGACAAGAACAUUACUUACCUUUUUAAUAUUCAUUAAGAGAACAUUUCCAUCAACUCUGCCAGUAUUUUGCAAUAAAUGUCAUAACAGUAUUUCAUAUUUGUAUCUUUGUUAUGUUACAUGAAGAUAUUUUGAUUUUUUUUGAAAACGAUAACAUUGUCUUUAUUUUUGUUCAUAUUUAUGUGCCUAGACUUUGUUUUUGAUAGUGAUUCAGUCUUUCUUUUGCCUCUUGUAUUUGACUAGAUUAUAAAAUGAACAACAAAAUAGUAUGUUAUAUUUAUGACAAGAACAUUACUUACCUUUUUAAUAUUCAUUAAGAGAACAUUUCCAUCAACUCUGCCAGUAUUUUGCAAUAAAUGUCAUAACAGUAUUUCAUAUUUGUAUCUUUGUUAUGUUACAUGAAGAUAUUUUGCUUUUUUUCAACACGAUAACAUUGUCCAAUUCUUAAGAUGUACACAAUAAUUUUAACCUGUCUUUAUUUUGCAGUUCUUUAUGUGCCUAUAUUUUGCCUUCAGUUGUGCUUAAAAGUCUUUCUUUACCAUGUGUAAUUGACUGAUAUAAUAACAAAUGUUACUUGUUAAACC